AUGUCAUUGGACAAAGAGACUGUCCUCCCUCACGAGGCGCCCUUAAAAACCAGCCCCACCUUCCCUGCCACCGUCAGCCUAUCAGAGCAGCCGCAGCUGGCUAAGACACGCCCCCUCUGUCCUAAAAAUGGCCUCCAGCCUCCCGGCAACAGCCAGCCCCCCCUCACCACCCCCCCUCCCCCUGCUCAGCGAAUCGGAAAGAGGCGUUACUCCAUGGGCGUUGGCUUCAAGGGGCUGGCCAAGCGCCGUCGCCGUGCCAACAGUGACAGCCAAUCAGAGCCUGUGCUGCCGAGUCACUUCCUGUUGGGCGGGAACAUCUUCGACCCUCUGAACCUAAACUCUCUAUUGGAUGAGGAAGUGAACAGAACGACCAAUCAGGAGACACCACAGUGCUCGCCCCUGCCGUCCAGGGGCGGAGACCCAGUAGAGAUCCUGGUCCCCCGUGACAUCACCGACCCCUUGAACCUGAAGGGAGGCGCAGGGGACAGGGAGGGGGGAGGCACAGUCCUGCUGUCCCCCCUGAAGUCCAGGAGGAGACACAGGAACAGACACCAUGGUGGAGGAGGAGGGGGAGGUGGGGGAGGUGAAGGAGAGAGCGAGGUGAUGCCAGCUCGACUGUUUCCCUCCACAGCUGGACUGACAGUUCCUCUGUUGACCAGAGAGGGCUCUGUUUCUGCGUCUCCUCUUCCCUGUGAACUCAACACAGCCAUCACCUGUCGAGAUGAUGUAGCCCCACCCCCCAUACUCCCCAGGAGGCACACCCACCCUCUGCCGGGCCACGCCCACAAACCCGGUAGCCAGGGUGACGGUCGUCAACGCAGACGGCGACGCACCACCUCGACACGGUUGGCAGAUGUUGCUGCAAACUUUGUCACUGUGACAACCACGGCACCGACAACCAAAUUCCAGACGCCGCUGGUGGGAGGGGCUAAAGCUGGCAGGUGUGGAGGACCUCAGUCUGGCUCCAGUCAGCCACCAGAGAAGAAGAAGGACAAACACCGCUACCAGUACGGCAACCACAGCCGUUACUAUGGCUAUCAUGGUUUCUAUGGUGAUGGGUGGGAGGGGCGGGUGGGUGCGGAGGAUGAUCUGCGGCUCCGCCUCCUGGAAGCGGAUUGGUUCAGAGACAAGAGGGUGCUGGACGUGGGAUGUGGCGCUGGUCACAUGACACUGAGUGUUGCCCGGAUGUUUGAACCCGCCCACAUCCUGGGGGUGGAGCUAGACAGACGAUUGGUCCAUGCCGCCAAGCAGAACAUCAGGCUGACUGCUCCUCCUCUGCUCCUCCCUCCCCCCUCCUCCACCUCCUCCUCCAGGUUCCCCAACAAUAUCACCUUCGUCCAGGGCGACUACGUGUCAGAGCGGGAGGCGUGGCCUGGGCAGGGUCAGUAUGAUGUCAUCAUGUGUCUGGGCGUGACCAAAUGGGUGCAGCUGCAGGCAGGUGACGGGGGCGUGGUCAGACUGUUCAAACGAGCCUAUCAGAGCCUGUCACCGGGCGGGUUAUUCAUCCUGGAGCCGCAGCUGUGGAGCAGCUACAGCCACAGCAAGAGGGCCUCGGAGACGACAUAUCGUAACUACAGGAGUGUGAGGAUGAGACCUGAACUGUUCACCUCCUACCUGACUGACAGUGUGGGCUUCACCUGCUACAGACUACACACACACACAGGCAACCAGCGGCCCAUCUACCUGUUUCACAAAGGCCCCGCCCAGAGGAAGUGAUGUCACUGGGACAGGAUGUGACACGUUUUUCUCUGGAGGUAGUGCAGCCUGACUGUCACCCUCUCGUUUCCAUGGCAACGGCCUUAAACAGAUGGCAUGGAGGGCGCUGAUUGAUUGAAGCUGGAUGUCGCUCCUUUAAAUGUUUGAUUGUGAGCUCGCUGCUGAUUGGCUGAAGAGUUGAGCCUGUUUGAUGACUGGUCGGUGACAUCACGUCACACAGGAGAAUAUUAUUGGACAGCAGAGUUUCUGUGGAGGUGAUUGGUUCACACAGCCUCAUCAAGCCACAGCAAAGUGCCUGACCUCUGGUCCUGGACACUGAUUGGACGCUAGCAGGAAGUGACUCGUCUUUACAGGUCUUUUCAAAAUAUGAGUUCAUUGUUUCACUCGUUUCUUUUUUUUUUUUUUAAUGCAAA